AUGGACGAGAAAGAGAAGUACCACCAAGCUGCUGAGAAUGCCGACCUAGAGAGGGAUUCCGAGAAUCUCCACGGUCGGGAUAUUGAUAACCCUCGUGAGAGAGCUUUGGUCUGGAAGCAAGAUCUACGGAUCCUUCCACUAUGCGCCGCGAUCUACCUUCUCUGUUAUUUAGAUCGAUCUAACAUCGGUAGGUCGCAAGUGCUACAAUUGUUCACACUCACGCUGAUGGUAUUUUUGAUCGCCUACGCCCUCUUCGAGGUCCCAUCAAAUUACUUCCUGAAGAAGCUAAGACCAAGUAAAUGGAUUGCUUUCUUGAUGCUGGGCUGGGGUGCAUCCACCAUGGGCUUGGGUGGCGCACAUAAUUACGCGCAAGUCACUGGUAUUCGUUUCUUACUAGGAGUUAUGGAAGCGGGUCUCUUCCCCGGACUUGUUUACUACCUGACUUUCUGGUACCGGAACUCAGAGCGCUCGAUGCGUGUGGCGCUCAUUCUCGCAUCAGCUACCUUGGCGGGAGCCUUCGGCGGAGCAAUUGCCUAUGGCGUCGGACACAUGAAUCAAACUCACGAUCUAUCUGCAUGGCGAUGGCUAUUUAUCAUUGAAGGAGCCCCUUCCUGUGCCUCUGCCUUCCUGGUCUGGUUCUUUCUUCCCGAUUACCCCGAAACUGCGUCAUGGCUCAGUGCAGAAGAAAAGGAACUCGCGAUGCAGCGACUGCAGAAUGAGGGCUCAAAGGGAGCUGCGCAUGCCAUGACCUGGGCAGAUGCUAAGGAGGUCCUAACGGAUUGGCGGUUAUACGCCCAUUAUAUGGUGCGUCUGUCUUUGAUCUAUUUUGGCAUUUCCACCCCUUUUUCCAGCCUCUCACUCUUUACGCCCGCGAUUACAAGUGGGCUCGGGUAUACCAGUCUGCGCGCUCAGCUCAUGACAGUGCCGCCAUGGGCUGUAGCAUACGUAGUCACCACAGCAGCAGCCUGGUCGGCAGAUCAUUUCAAUAGCCGCGGCCUUCAUUCGGCGGCAUUCUCCUUCAUCGGGGCCAUGGGGUUCCUAGCAUCUGCCGUUCUCCCACCGGACGCAUACCUUCACCGCUACGGCUGUCUGAUAGUAGCCACCAGUGGUGCCUUCGCCUGUAUUCCCCCUCUUCUCGGCUGGCUCUCUUCCAACCUCCGCUCAACAGCCGGAACCGGCCUUGCGAUCGCAUUAAACGUGUCGGUCGGAGCUCCGGGGCAGAUCGUGGGCGUGUGGAUUUAUAAAGCCAACGAAGCGAAGAGGGGUUAUCCGACCGGCCACUGGACCAACGCGGCGCUGCUUCUGUUUGUCUGUGUAGGUUGUCUCUUGUUGCGAGUAUAUUAUGGAUGGAGGAAUAAACGGAGAGGAACGGAGGAUAAAUUUGCGUAUUAG